GUCAUUGUAGAUCAAUUGUGUAUCUCAAAAUUUCCCAAGUAGUAUCCCCCAUAGCCAAAAUCAAAUAAUUGGGCCAAAUUUCAGUGUAUGUUUGGUCAUUAUUAAGUGUGUUGUAUCUCCGUUGCAACAGAAGGCAGAACGAUGUCCAACCAGAAACAGACCAAGACACAGGCUCCGAUCCAGACCCUGGCCCAGGUUCAAGAGGCGGACAAGCGGUUAACAGACGAAGAGGCGCGCCGCCAUCGUGCGAAAUUGCGAUUCAGCUACGGUAAUAUGAUUUCCAAUGCAAAUCUGAAUCGCAUGCGCAACCGGCUGAGCGCCGCCGUGACAGAGGCGGGACCCACAGCAGCGGUAUCAGCAGCAGCAGCAGCAGCACCAGCAGUUGUUGUAUCAGAAGGAGACGGAGCAGCUAAAAAAGUAUCCUCGGCGGGAGCACCAGAUACAACACUGCGUCGCAUCGCCUCCACUUUCGAGCAUGUGUGCAAUGUGAAAGCCGGCUGUUGCGAGGCCCAGCCCCACGAGGACACCGACGCGGAUGGGCGCGAGGAGCGGGCCGAGGUGCUAAUUUGCAGUCAGAUGAUGCCCCAGGCACCAUCCCUAUCCGUUCUGUCGCCUGUACCAGAACCACAGAAGAAGAAGGAUCUUCCGCUUGACAGCAGCCACUUGGACGGCUUCUAUUCAAGGCCAUUGGGCGAGUCGCGUGCCAUCGAACGCUGGCAGCAGCUGAGCAGCACGGUGACGUCUCUGUUCAGUGCCCGCCGCUUCAGCGAUGACUCGGAGUCGCCUGUGGCCAAGACGCGACGCCUACGCGAACAGCGGGAAAUGCUACAGAUCUUCACUAGACCCUUCCUCAUGGAUCAACAGAAGCGGGAAUUCAGAGAUUGAGAAAGAAGAGAUUGAGGAAAAGACGAG